CAAACAGUACAAGGCACUCCUGCUCUGUUUCGAAUCAAGGUCCUAGCAGAAAAGGAAACAAUACGAUACUAUCCAAUACAAUACAAUACAAUACAAUACGAUACUAUCCAAUACAAUACAAUACAAUACAAUACAAUACAAUACAAUAAAAGUCAGCGAAUUACCGAAUUCCCGGCGCAGAAAUGGACAACAACAACGCAGUAUUCAACGAAGCACCGACGAUGAUGCCGUCGACAACAACGUCGCCGACAAUGUCGUUGACAAUGUAUCCGACAUCGUAUUCGUCGGUGGGCAUCAUGACGACAUUUACGGAAUCUCCCAGCAGUUCCCCAACAGAAUCUCAAAGUUUUCGCUCGCGGUAUUGGGUCCUAGGAAUGCAAUUAGAGUUGUUCUUUGGAUUUGUCUUUCUCUUGAUGCUUCUUAGGACUUGGAUCGACAAGAAGCGCGGCGAAGGCAGUGGAGGCGGCGGCAACGGAACCAACAGCGGCGAAUCCAGCGAGAACGAAGGAAUCGCCACGCAGAUAAAAAAACUGACCACCGAGGAUUGGAUACAACUGUACAACAAAACCUUCGAUUCAAACGGGAACACGACAACGUUGACGAGCGAAAACAUMGUCGGUCAUUCCAAGGAUUUCGUCGACAUCGAACUAGGAGGCCAAGGCAACGCUUCCGAUGGCGAUGGCGAGAAGAAAUACACCGGGGGCGCCGACGGCAACGACGAUAGCUCCUCUCUGUACCUGUCUCUGGACACAAACAACCUGACUAGCUCUCGCAAGUCCUUGGUUCGACUCUCGCCCGCGGAGGAUACAAAGAUUAGCGGCACCUGCAUCAUUUGCUUUGACGAAUUCGUAGCAGGCGACGAGGUCGUCUGGGCGGAAGGAAGGAAGGCUCCGAAGCACGACGGGGACGACGCGGAACAGAACCGCAACCACCACGAUUGCAAGCACGUCUUUCACAAGGAUUGCAUGGUCCGGUACCUCGCGUCCAAUUCCCACCGCCGGUUCAAAAAGUCGGCGGCCUUUGAGGGUGCGGAGGGCAUCGAGAAUCCGUGCCCGACGUGCCGCCAGCCCUUUUGCACACUCUCCGACGAGGACCUGGAGAUGGCGAUCCAGACGAAGCUGUCGCUGUUGAUGGCCGAGGAAACCGAAAACAACGCCGGCGGAGCGACACUGCCGGUGGAACAGCGGGCAUAGGCGCCAACGCAGACGGUGGUCCGACGACGAGAGAACAGAGYGGCGCACAAGCGUGUUCUGGGCUCGAUCGACCGCGGUGUCUCCCGGAGCCGCUUCGGUCUCUAUUCAUAAUACUGCUUGUAUUGUUAAAAAGCAACGUGCUCUCCGCACAACUGACUGUUCCAGAUUCGAAAAGAACCGAGGCAAAAUCUUUUUGCGUCCUUCCCACGCGAAAUCAAGGGCCGACGAAGGAAAGCAAACGAACGAACGAACGAACGAACGACAUGAAACACCAUACUGUAAUGCAGCGGAUGUCAGUAAAUUGGUACACCGCCGCAAAAAGAGAGAGUUCGGCCUCGGAAGAUCACUCGCGUCAAACAUCCACAGCAAUGUAAUACUACUGUUAAUACUUCACGAAUCGCUUCUCGACUCAAAUUUUGUUUUUGAUGCCGAAUCGACUUUUUUGCKUAGUUGAUGAUGUGAUGGCUAAUUAGAAAAGAGUUCAAGAUACGAUGCAUCUAUCCAUUGAUAUCCCCUUUCUUUGCAACUCCUKUUGUAUUGAUCGCAGUGCGCCUCCCUGCCUCUCGUCUUGCUCGGACAGAGCAAAGAUGGUUUCCCAAACUUCACAAAUUCUUGUCGCGCCUUUCGUUUKUGACURCUGGAUGAGUGCCAUAGCAAUAGCUAUUGYUCCAAGACUCGWACCAGUUCCAGCAAUACCUAUWGUUCCAAGACUCGCAUCAGUACUAGUACCCUUUGUUUUCCUUGGCCGUAUGGGACUUGUUCCUUGGGCCAAAACAUGCUGGCAAAGCUUCAAAACUGUAACUACUAGAAGAAGCCAUAGGAAACUAUGGGAGGAACUAUUCCUCUAGUGUCCUGAUUGAUCACAGCAAGCAAGAAAAAUUUAGGAAUAAGAACCAAAUCUAACAAGUAUUUGGCACUACUACUACUAGUAUCUUUGUUCAAAAGAGGCUAAUAGAGUGUAUUUUCAUGAGAAAAAUAAAAAAAAAAUUAUGAAGUAAGUAAGGGGACUUUCAAACAGGGACAGUAGCAAAAUUGAAGUCAACAGGAGAUGGUCAUAAUGGGAUGGAGGAAGCACUUGGUAGUGCAAAAUCAAUGGAACAAAGCAUAGCCAAAAACCAACAAGAAGAAGCAAUCAAUAUAUUCAUCCUGAGCAAGAAAUUUUGGAAUAUCUUCACAAGGAUUGAAUCCUUGAUGUGAGUAUAAGCACCAAACUUUCCCCUGUCUGCACACAAUUUGUUGAAAGACUACUACAAUAGUAAAAGUCAUUGUACCUAGACUGUGCUGACUUCUCAAGGUGCUAUGGACAUAAAACAAUCAUUUUUUU